AGUGUAACAGGUUUCUCCCAUAUGUUCCUGCUGUCCCCUCCCUUGCAGGGUUAGUUAUAGCUGACGUAGAACAAACACUGAGAAGCUGAUCGGGCUCAGGAAGCUGCACUUCAUGGCUGACUGGAUUACUGUACAAUUCCCUGGCCCCCGGCAAGGGCUCUCAGUCAUGCAUAGUGAGCAAAGGGAAAGUGACUGGCAAGGGCUUGUCAAUGAGUUUCUGGUGUGCAAGAGGAAACUGGAAAGCAAGAAAGAAGCCUUACUGAUCCUUUCCAAAGAGCUGGACACAUGCCAGCAGGAGAGAGACCAGUAUAAGCUCAUGGCCAACCAGCUGCGGGAGCGCCACCAGUCCCUGAAGAAGAAAUACAGAGAACUGAUUGAUGGAGACCCAUCAGUUCCACCUGAGAAGAGAAAGCAGGUUAAUUUGGCUCAGUUGCUUGGAGACUCCAGGGAAAAAUGUAAAAAAAUGGAGUCAGAAAUAAAGGAACUGCAGCAGAGACUGGGAGAAGUUCAAGGAGACAACAAGUUACUACGAAUGACCAUUGCCAAGCAAAGACUCGGGGAUGAUGAGGUUGGAAAGCGCCACUUUGCCCCACACGAACGUGAAGAUCUUGUAUUACAGUUGGAGAAAGCCAGGGAGCAGAUUGAGGCUUUUGAGCAUGAUCUUCAGGCCUCGUUGGAUGAGCUGCAGGACGUAAAACAGGAUCGUUCAUUUUUUCAGGACAAGGCUGAACGACUAAACCAAGAACUCAACCACGUUCUAGGAGGCCACGAGAAACGCAUUAUAGAUAUCGAUGCCCUGUGCAUGGAGAAUAGAUACCUACAGGAACGAUUCAAGCAACUACAGGAGGAAGUCAAUCUGCAGAAAAGUAAUCUUACCAAAUACAAGAAUGCGCUGGAGAAACGCAGGAAUUCGAAAUCAAACACCAAAUUAAGCAGCAGCGCCCUGACCGGAGUACUAUCGGCAAAGCAAGUUCAAGAGCUUCUUUCAGAAGAACAUGGAUGCAGCCUGCCUGCCACUCCCCAGUCCGUCUCGGACCUGAAAUCCUUGGCCACUGCAUUGUUGGAAACAAUCCAUGAGAAGAAUAUGGUUAUCCAGCACCAGAGGCAAACCAAUAAGAUUUUAGGCAACCGUGUGGCAGAAUUAGAGAAGAAAUUGAGAACGUUAGAAGUGUCCGGCUUGUGGAGUCUUCCAGGCCUGAGCUACAAUGUCUCUGUAGGAUUUGGGAGAGGCAGGGACACCAUAUCUCUCAGUAAUCCAUCAUCUCCUUCAAAGGGGCCAAAAUCUCCCAUGCCGGCGUUUACUGAGGUGCCUUACCACAAGCCACUGACCUACGAAGCACAUAGUCAGCCAGGCGUUGAGUUGGGGUCUCCUGCUUUGGAUGAGGGAAACAACAAUGAAGCUGCCAAACAACUGCAGAAUUCUAAGGAUCCACUGGGUAAUACUUACGAUAACAUGUACCUGCAUCCCUACAUCCCAUUGCUGUGCCAAGAAAAUGAAGACUUAGAAAGGCAAGGGCAAGCGAUUGCUAAUCUGGCACAAGAGCUGACAGCUGCCGAAAUAGAAGAAACCAGCUUUGAAAUUCCCGCUGACAGCCAGAGUACAGCAAGCAGUCAAGAGAACCACAACAACAUAGAGUCGCCCUUAUCCAGCCUGGAACCAUCGGGACCCGUGGGUGAAAAGCCGCCCAAUACAACUCCAGGAGAGGAAUGCGCAGAUGAGAUCACAGCCAGCAGCAAUCUUGACCAGAGUACAGAAGUAGAGGAUAACAACAAAGAUUGCUGGGAAAUAGAAGACAGUGACUCUUCCGACAAACCUGCCCAUUGUGCCAGCGACAGUUGUGAAUUGAUAGAGAGGUGUAGCCGUUUAGACGAGAGCAUUUCCUGACUUUAAUUAAAAUUCCUUCCAAGGUUUACAUAUAUUUAUUUCAACCGAGACACAGAGAGAGAGAGAGAGAGAGAGAGAGAGAGAGAGAGAGAGGUGUUGAGCUGGCAGAGGGACGCUGACAAUGAAAUACAUCAUUUGCAUGUUAGGUCUUUGGUAUUGGACUUCAUGGGUGGGUCAGGAGAUAUUUUAUUUAUAUUAGCAGUAAUACAUGUCUAGUUUCAGGGUGUAGUCCUGUCUAUGUUCCUGUUGUUUUAUCAUUAUACCAAUUGUUAUGGUCACCUGCUUUAGGCCUAUAGCACCUUGCAGAGGACUGUGACCAGAGACAAA